GUCACAUGAGUGAUGGAAUACAUAAAAGAGACAUGUAUCACAAUUUGCUCUGCUAUCACAUCUAUCUGUACAGGAAACGAGUUCUUGGAGAAAAUGUAUUUGACAGGUCUUUUGCUAGUGUGCAUCAUAUUAGUGAUCCCAAGGAGUACCCAUGGCAUCUGUUGUGAUGAAAUCGAGAAGACUGUUAAGAGCAAGAUAAACGCACAUAAAAUACUUUGUAAAACAGGACGAAUUGUUUCCUUGAAUUGUUGCAAUGAAAUUAAGAAAAAGAUUAAAUCAUUUGAGGACGCGUAUGAGUCUUUAUGCCUGGAUGAAAAUGAAGCAAAAACGUGCGCAGAUCACUACAAGACUGGACACAAUCAAAGUGGAAUAUAUACCAUCAAUCCAGAUGGUCAGGGAAGUUUUAGUGUAUUUUGUGACAUGACGACACCUGGUGGUGGUUGGACUGUGUUUCAACGUCGCAUUGAUGGGAGUGUGAAUUUUUACAGAGGAUGGCAGGAUUAUAAAAAUGGUUUUGGCAAUCUAAGCUCCGAAUUUUGGCUUGGAUUAGAUAAAAUACACAGACUGACCAAUGUGACAAACAAUAAACUUCGCAUUAAUUUAGAAGAUACUUCAGGAAACAAGAGAUAUGCUGAAUACGAUCAUUUCUCUGUUAAAAAUGAAAAGCAGAAAUAUGAAUUGAAAAUUGGAAAAUAUUCAGGGACUGCUAAAGAUUCCCUUGGUCUCCAUAAUGGAAUGAAGUUCACGACAAAAGACUCGGAUAACGAUAAAAGUAGUGGGAAUUGUGCAGCUUCAUACAAGGGAGCAUGGUGGUAUGAAAAUUGUCAUCACUCUAAUUUAAAUGGGCUCUACAAACUUGGAAAACAUUCUUCAUACGCUGAUGGCGUUAAUUGGUUCCAUUGGAAAGGCUAUUAUUAUUCUCUGAAAUCCACCACAAUGGAAAUCGGACUAGUUUAAUUUUCAAUGUAGAAUUAUACAAAGCGCGUAUUAUUAAUUGUUAGUUAAACAUAUAUAUAAACAUGGUUCUUAAAUGAUAUAUUAAACGAAGUAGAAUCCACUUUACGAAAUGACUCGGACUCGUAAAGGAAAUUUUAUAUGAAAUGCAAAUAAAAAUGAAUUUGAAAA